AUGAGGUUGUUUCAACCUCUUGCCUCUCUGGCCUGUUUUGGCAGUGCGGUUUCUGCCUUCAGUGGUCUUCACUCAGCACGUCAUGGCCUUCUACAGGUUCCACCCUCAUUCGCACAUGAUGAAAUCAACAUGUACCCUGCUCUUCAUCCCGAUCAUAACCCUCACGACUACACUCAUCUGAUCCCCGAAGAUUCAAAAGAGCUUUACUAUAGCCAGGAAGGACAUCGUCCGGCCCUGCAUGGCGCAAAACACGGUCAAUUGCGAGCAACCUUCUCGCGACCUACGGUUGUUUUGGACCACUCGAGCCAUAUCCAAGAUAUCACUUGUGACAACGACCACAUUGAAGUUUGCUUUGCACCUGAUGCAUACCCAACUAUUGAACGGGAAUGGAAAAAAUAUGAAAACGGAUCAUUCAAUCUCAUUACCUAUCAUGUUGGAUGUGGUCACCUCACAGGAGAGUACCGCUCAUUUUUUAUCGCAUCCGAGCCCGUAUUUAAAGGCAACUGCGUGAAUGUCCUCGCUGAGCUCACGGAUGAGCAAGGAGAGAUCCAGGAGGGGCACCUGAACUGGGGAACUUAUGAGCAUCCGAAUCUGGCGAAGCGUGAACCUGUAUUGGGGCACGUCAAAGUUGAAAAAGCAGACCCGCAACUACAGAUGCAGGAUCUGAUAGCCUCGGACUUUUUCGGUAAUGGCACCGUAGGAAUGGAUGAUCUUACCAAGAAUGCAGUGGCAGUCAAAGACUUCUUUGGCACUGAAGAAAUCAACACGGAUGUGCCAGAUACAUAUGAGGCAGGCCUUGACUUUCUCUCCGACGAAGAAUAUGAUGAGUUCGUUAAGCGAGGCUUGUUCUCUUGGAUCGUGGACGGAAUUAAUGCUAUUAUUAGGGCAGUUGUGAGUCUGAUCGAAAGGACUCGCGAACUCAUUGAGCUAGCUGUCAAGGUUAUAAUCGCAGUUGCGGUGAUUACUGUCAAGUUAUUAAUGGUUCCAUUUGGCUUCCCAUUUGAGCAAGGUUACCAUGCAGAUAUCGCCUUUGAUCAGAGGACAGGUGGCUCGAAACUCGGGACAGAUGUAGCAAGUUCUCUUGGUGAUAGCAACCUUGUUCUUUCUAAACAGGGCGCAGCCGUGGUUAUGGAAUGCGAAAGUUGUGGAGCUAAGGCGAACUUCAGCUUUGGUGGAGAGCUUGCUUUCAGCAUCACUAAGGGUAUCUAUAAAGCAGAGGUUUCUUUCAUAAACCAUGAAGCUUUCAUAUUUGAUGCGAUAUAUGGCAUAACCGUUGAUGCGAAGGCAAUCAAGGACAGCAGUUCAAAAGGUGUCAAAACGACAAUUGAAAAGGAGCUAUUCGCUCUUCCAUUUUACGCCAUCAAGAUUCCGAAGAUCAUCACAAUCGGACCCCAGGCAGUUGUAAAUGCCGCCGCCAGUAUCUAUGUUGAUGCGCAUGUGGAGCUACGUGCUGGAGCUAGAUUUUCAAUCGCUCCAGGGAGGGUCAUCUUAGAUGCUAUGCACCCUGAUAAAAACGAGGCAUCUGGAUUUAAACCAAGCCUUGAGCCGAUCUUCAAGCUCAAGAAGGGGAAUGCUGUUGCUACCGCGGAUCUCGCACUGCCAGUUGGGGUUGAAGUCGCCCUAGAUAUUCUCGGUGGCACAUGGAAGAAAUCUGUUGGUGUGUAUACAGCACCUUCUAUCUACUUUACUGCAGGUCUAUCCUCUGGGGAAGGGCAUGCCUGUAAUAAUGGAGUAGAGCUUCGGGUUGGGGCCAAAAACCGGAUUUAUACCUCUGCGCUUGGUAUAUGGGAAUACGAAUUCAAGGAACUGGGAUUCACGUUCUAUGAAACAGGUCUCGGCUGUCUCUCAACUAAAGGUUGGGACUCAAAGCAGGUAGAGCCGACUAAUUUCUUCAAUCAAGUUGCAGGCAAAUUUGGUGGAGAGGGGAACCUUGCUUCUAACAAAACCAUCGCUUUGAAAAAGCCUGAGCCGAUCAUCUAUAAAGACGAACAAUUGACAAAAAGCCAAGAUGAUAAGCAGAAGCUGAAACAGCUGCCAAAGACAAAUGGCUUCCGCUUGAUUCAAGAUGCCGGUCAAACAGCGACUUUGGUUGCCGGAAAGGAUGGCCGAAUCUAUAUGGCGAACAACUCAGCUCAGUACGAUAUCAGUGCACCCUGGGGUGGCCUUGAAGUGGAUAAGAAUAUCUUCAGCUACGACGUUUUCGGACGUCUCAUCUGGUUCAACGCUGCAUACCUGGAUCGUAAUGAACAGAAGCAGGAACGCUGGAAAAGACACUACCAGAGACAUGACGCGGUACUCGACAAGAGAAAGAAGCCCGUUUAUAUCAAGUAUCUUCUUUUUAAUUACAAAAUGGUAGAUUUGGGCACCUCUGCAGCUGAGAAUAUGCCAAAAGGUGCCAAAGCUGCAACGUUCUCAGUGAUGAAAUUUGACGGCAUCGAAACAUAUGGCGUGUCAUUCCAUCAUCCCGACUCUGCCGAUGACAACUCGAAAGAAUUCUGGUUUCCCACGGUCUGCAAGGAGAAGGAUGGACUCCGACUGUUUGCAACUCCCUACAUUGUGGACAGCAACGGAAUUGCACACGAUCGAGAAAGUCCGAAUGAGAGAAACGCAGGUCUGCAAACACGUUACACAAUUGACCGACAGUAUUACAAGGUGCCUGGAUCUAAGUCAACGAAGAACAACAAAAACGGUGAUAUAAAGGCUUGCGUUACCGUUAGGUUGACUUCGGACAAGAAAAGCACCGUGCCAGUGUCUUGA